GUGGAUAGUUUCCCUUCAGAAGUUCUUUUAUAUAGACUUGCGCUCAUUUCUCAACUGUCAUAUCAUAUACAUUCUACAUUACACAAACAGGAGGACAUCUCUUUCCUUUUCAUUCGCCAUCAUGUCGUCUCUAUCUUCCCCUCUAACGCUUCCGAGCGGUCUCGUACUUCCAAACCGGCUGUCCAAGGCCGCCAUGGCCGAAGACCUCGCCGAAUCGGGCGCCCACCCAGGUACCGCCCUCAACACCGUGUACAACAAAUGGGCGACCGGAAACUGGGGCAUGCUCCUGACCGGAAACGUAAUGGUCGACAGCUCACACCGGGGCUCCCCAAGCGACGUCGCGCUCCCAUCCUCAAUCGCCACCUCGAGCCCCUCCGCGCCCUCUGAUCGCGCCACUGCCCUCGCACUCUGGACCGCCUGGGCAAACGCAAUCCAAUCCAAUGGCACGCCCGCAGUCAUGCAAGUCAACCACCCGGGCCGCCAAUGUCCACGCAACCUACGCAAAGGCGCCGCCCUCGCUCCGUCCGCGAUCCCGCUACAGCUCGGCACGGGGCUGUUCGCGCGCUUCAUCAGCUGGGUUGUGUUCGGGUCGCCACGCGAGAUGUCCAAAGAUGACAUCCAGCACGUGGUAGCCGAGUUUGCGGAGACGGCGAGGCUGGCGAGUGACGCGGGGUUCAAGGGUGUGGAACUGCAUGCCGCGCACGGCUACCUCCUUGCGCAGUUUCUCAGCGAGAGGAGUAAUCAGCGUACAGACGAGUAUGGCGGCAGCGCGGUGAAUCGGGCGCGGUUGCUGCGUGAGGUCGUAGCAGCAGUGCGCAGCGCCGUGCCGAAGGAAUUCGCCGUGGGUAUCAAACUGAACAGCGUGGACUUCCAAGCAAAAAGCGGUCUCUCGGACGUAUUAGCACAGAUCGGGAGCAUCGUCGACGCAGGGGGCGUAGACUUCCUAGAAAUCAGCGGCGGCACCUACGAGAAUCCCGAGAUGGCCGGCCCCGAAUACUCAGAUAAGCCCAGCGAGUCCGAGAAAUCCGCGCUCAAGCAAUCGCCCACUACCCAACUCCCCGUCAGCUCACGCACCGCCGCUCGCGAGGCCUUCUUCAUCGACUUUGCACGCGACGUCCGUGCCGCCUAUCCCUCGCUUCCGCUCAUGGUGACUGGGGGCUUCCGCACACGUGCCGGGAUGGCUGCUGCGUUGGAGAGCAAUGCGUGCGACAUCGUGGGCGUUGGACGGCCGGCGUGUGUGACGCCGGAGCUGCCGCGGGAGAUCGUUUUUAACGAAGGUGUUGGCGAUGAGAAGGCCGUGUUGCCGAUGAAGGAAGUGCGUGUGCCGUGGGUGGCGCAGAUGCUGGUGAGGUGGGUCGGAAAAGGAGUGGGAGCGGGGAUCAUGACAAAGGCAUAUCAGGAUAGCAUUAAGGCGUUGGUCAAGGCUGCGUAGGACGCGAUAAAAU